CUGCCCUGUGCCUUUCAGGUCCUCGAGUUCCUGGACUUGAGUGAACGCGGUGCUAAGAGAGUCCUGCAAAUCUUGUCAAGGCACCUGCGGAGCGAGUGCAGGGAGAGGCGUCGCCUGGCACUCAGGGCCCUUCUCGAGUUCACUGACGAGCCCUCCAUGACCAAAAAAAUGUGGAGCCUGACUGAAAGCCUUGUGGAGCUCCUGCAGGACACAGAUGGAGAGAUAGUUUGCAUGACGGUCAUGCUACUCAGCUUUAUUAUUUUGGACAAUGACACGCUGAUAGCCGGCCCCAUCACACUGCAGCUGGUUGAGGCGCUCCUGCCACUCUUUGACCACGACAAUAACCAGGUGCAGGUGCUCUCCAUACUCCUCUUCCGAACAUUGGUGACUCUUCCACAGAAAAAGGAAAAAAAGGCCCUGAAGACACCCCUGCGCCAGAGCCUGCUGCCACUCUUCUUCCACUGCCAUGAUGAGAAUCGGCUUGUGGCACAGGUUUCCCAGGAAACGCUGCUUUGUGUGGCCGAGUUCCUGAAGAGGAGGGAUCUUGAAAAACAGCUGAAGAACAAGAAGCUGUGGAAGUUCACCAAGUGCCUGCUGGCAGAGGACAUGAGCCGAGCGGCCGAGCACCUGCGCCGGGCCCUGCCGUACCUGCGGAACCCACAGGAGUCCCUGCGAGCGGCGGCCAUCAGGUUCACGGCUCAGCCCCAGCGCCGCCCGCUGCCCCGGCAGCGCCGUCCGGGCCUGGCGCCCCGGAGCCCCGCCUGGGCUCGGCGCUUCUGCCGGCCUCUGGCAGCCGUGCCCUCGGGCGGCAGCGUGCGGCAUGGCCCGGGCUGA